AUGAACUUCUCUCGCCCGCACAGCGCGGCUGUGCAUGACGACGAUACUAUGAAUCGGAAUCCAGCGGACACCAGCUCGUUCUUCGACGUCGAGGACAACCAACAAAAACACAACUACGCAUUUGGAACGUGGAAAGAGAAGGCGGGGCGAAUAUAUGCCUCAGUUUUCCGGCCUCGGUCAGCAAAGAGAGGAAUUGUCGCUGCUGAUACUUUGCCAUCAUCAUCAUCAAGCACAUCACCAACUGAUAACAACACCAAUCCUUCGUCGAACCCACCGCGGCGCAGACGCUAUAUAGAUGUAUGGAUCACAAAGGACCCUCCGUCAUCGGCGUCGUCAUCAUCUUCCAGGUCUCGCCGCGGAAUCAAACAAGAAUAUCGAACCGCGCUCAAGGAUAGAGUUGUCCGGAAACACCUCACCAUCUGUAUUGUAUCAUUCAUUUUACUGCUUAGCAUGAUACCAAUAUACUCAAUCUACGCCUCCCACAACAAAUCGCUAAACGGACAAACAUACCACAUCUUCUUCCUCCUGUUCCUCAUGAUCUUCGUAAUCAUCUUCUGCCACUCAUUGGCGCGAACGAUUCUUCUCGCGACAAGUAUUGCGCAACACGGCGGCUGUGCGAGUAACGGCGCGACUUCGUUUUCGUCGUUCCGUCGCAUACCCAGCGUGGCUGGUCCACAGGGUUAUGCUCAACCGGCGCAUCCGAUCCAUGUCGUUCUUGCGAGGGAUGAGGAGAUUGCGCUUGAGGCGGCCGACUCUUGGUCUGAGGGGCCAGGACAAGGAGAAGGGGGAAAUAAUAGUACAAGCACGACUAGCAAACCUGCUGCACCGCCACCAGCAUAUGGUCUUUGGCGGAAUACUGUGCGCAUAAAUCCGAAUCUGCUCUACUGGCAACGAGUUGAUAAUACAAAUACAAACACGAAUACCACAAUAACACCAUUACCAACAAUACAUGACAGCAAUAACAACGAUGAAAGUCAAAACGAGCAACAUAAUCAACAUCAAACAACAAAUACAAACGCAAACUCAAUCACGCCUUCGACAACGUCAACACAAAUCCGUCCGCCGAGUUAUGCCUCGGAGGACGGGGUGGAAUGUACUCAAGUGAACGCCAUGGAGUGGGAUACUUUUCUUUUCAACACCGCUGCCUUCAUUACCGGGGUCAUAGUUCUCGACAUCGGCGCCGACAAAUUCAUCGACCACACAGUGGUCGUCGGCCGCCGCUUAGGCGUUCCCCAGACACUCAUCGCGCUAUUGACUGCUGGGGCUGAAUAUGAGGAGCUCGCGGUGGUAAUUGCUGCAAUCCUUCAGCACCAGACCCCAUUGGCUCUCGGGAAUGUGAUGGGUUCGACCAUUUCUAACAUUCUCGGGGCUUUCUCUCUGGGGUUGAUAUUCCACUCUGGUCCGAUUACUUUUGAUUGGAGUGCGAAGGUGUAUACUGUGUUUCUGUUCGUCAUUACUACGAUAUUCGUUGCGUUGGCGUUCUUUGGCAGGCUGGAUAGGACUGCUGGUGUUGCGUUCAUAGCUCUCUUUGUCGUGUAUAUUGGCUCGAUUGGUUAUGCGAUUUAUCGAGGAGUUAUCGAUCCGCCAGAGGAUUCUGAUUCUGAUUCUGAUUCUGACAGCGACAGCGAUAGCGAUAGCGAUGGGGAAGAAGACAACGACACACUCGUUCCGUCAGAAACAUCCCGUCUGCUAGGCAGUGAGCAUUCCGGAGAUGUCAGUAGACAGAGACAGCCUGCACAUUCUCUCGUGUAUCACAUCGCCCAGCUAUUCGUCGGGUUUGUCUUACUCUCCAUAUCCGGCUUCGUCCUAUCGCACAGCAGCAGCACAAUCGCUGAAUCGCUCGAUCUCUCCGGCACAGUGGUCGGUAUUACCAUUCUGUCAUUCGCCACAACUCUACCGGAGAAAUUCGUGGCUAUUAUGAGUGGUUCGCGCGGCCAUAGUGGUAUUAUGGUCGCAAGCACGGCUGGGAGUAACAUAUUUCUGCUUACGCUUUGCAUGGGCAUUGUCGCUGUUAGUGACAUACCUGAUGGCCAUGAUAUUGCUGACAGCUUCGUGCUCUUUGAGCUUGGGGUUACCUGGCUGUCGUCUGUGUUGCUUUUGGCGGUGGUUGUGUUGGGCCUUGGUCGGAUAGCAGGCAUUGCACUUUUGGCUGCAUCACACACCGAACACAUGUUCUACCAUGGCUACGACAACUACAUCAAAUACGCAUUCCCAGAAGACGAACUGCGCCCUCUUUCCUGCGGCCCGCUCACGCGCGAUCGCGACCGUCCCGAUAGAAUCGAGCUGAAUGAUGUCCUCGGCAAUUACUCGCUGACCAUGAUUGACAGUCUGUCAACUCUGGCCAUCCUCGCAUCCAGCAAUGAUACCGGGUCGCGCGCAUGGUCGCAUUUCGAGAAUGGCGUGACAGAGCUUGUCCGGCUGUAUGGCGAUGGUAGUGAUGGUCCCGCCGGUCAGGGCGAGAGAGCGCGAGGGUUUGAUUUGGAUAGUAAAGUGCAGGUUUUUGAGACUGUGAUACGGGGGUUGGGUGGUUUGUUGAGCGCGCAUCUCUUCGCUGUCGGCGAUCUACCCAUUCGAGGAUACGCUCCAUCGACGGAAGAUGCUGAAUAUGCGAAGGCUUGGGAUAAGGACGCUUUUUCGUCGGCAGAAUAUAAUCAUACUAAAGGAAUCGUCUGGUCCAAUGGCUUUAUAUAUAACGGGCAAUUGCUACGUCUUGCUCACGAUCUGGCAGAUCGUCUCCUCCCCGCGUUCUACACGCCGACGGGUCUUCCAUACCCCCGCGUAAACCUGCGUUAUGGCGUUCCAUUCUUUGACAAUUCACCAUUGAGCAAGAAUUAUCCUGGGCAGCAGCAGCAGCAGCAGCAACAAAAAAGCAAAAGAACAGGAAGUCAAGAAAUCACCGAGACUUGUAGCGCGGGCGCGGGCAGUCUUGUUUUGGAAUUCACGACCUUGAGUCGCCUAACUGGUGAUGGCCGUUAUGAGGAUCUUGCCAAAAGGGCGUUUUGGGCCGUUUGGCUGAGGAGGAGCGAGAUUGACUUGCUCGGGGCUGGCAUUGAUGCUGAGUCGGGCAAUUGGGUAGCCCCAUUUACAGGUAUUGGCGCUGGGAUUGACAGCUUUUUUGAAUACGCUUUCAAAGCGUAUAUUCUGUUGUCCUCCGGAGAUCCGGAACCGCCCAGGUUUGAUCCCCAUAGUCCCUGGAGUGUCAUGGACAGCUACUUUAUACCUCUUGGGGAAGAUAAUCAUUCCCCCGAGUUCUACUUCAACGUCUGGCAAAACGCCCAGGAUGCUAUCAAGCACCACCUCUAUCGCGGCCACGGCUACCAGCAUCCACAUUACGUGCAAGCCGAUCUCCAGACCGGCGCAACCAGGGCGCUAUGGAUAGACAGUCUGAGCGCAUUCUAUCCUGGCGUGCUUACGCUGGCAGGCCGGAUUGAAGAAGCAACUGAAAUCCAUCUACUGGCCACCGCGCUAUGGACGCGAUUCUCUGCUUUGCCAGAACGUUGGAAUGUUGCCACGGGAGACAUAGACAACGGCCUUGGAUGGUGGGGAGGCCGUCCUGAGUUCAUCGAGUCAACCUACUAUUUGUAUCGCGCAACUAGAGACCCCUGGUAUCUCCAUGUUGGUGAGAUGGUGCUGCGAGAUAUUAAACGUCGUUGCUGGACGAGAUGUGGCUGGGCGGGCCUGCAGGAUGUGCGUACGGGCGAGCUACAGGAUCGCAUGGAGAGUUUCUUCCUAGGAGAAACAGCCAAGUACCUGUUCUUACUUUUCGAUCCGGAUCAUCCCUUGAAUAAACUGGACGCGCCGUUUGUGUUUACAACUGAGGGACAUCCGCUGAUUAUUCCGAAGAGUUCCGCCUCCUCAGCGUCAAAGCCGACAACAAGGAAAGAAGAUCCCGCUUUCAACAAAGACGCUGAAAUAAUGGCCUACACUUGCGAGGUUGCACCGCUGCCUCCUCCAUUCAGUCUGUCUUCGACAGCGGCGCGGCCGGACAUUUUCCACGCCGCGAGUCUGGCGCGUCUACACCUCAUGCCCGGUCGAAACGAAGCUGGCGGUGCACUGCUUGACUUUGCAUACGACCAUCCCAGCGUGACUGUUUCUGAUUUAUUCUCGCCAUCCAACUACACAUUCUACCCCUGGACACUGCCUCCCGAGCUAGUGCCGUACAAUGCAAUGAGCUCUCCCAUGUCAGUUCGACCUUCACUAGACAUAUCGUUCCCGAAAUUACCGGGUAUGAUACUUGGGCCAGGGGCAAUGGAAAGAGUGCGAGAUGGUAUUCUGCUGAAAUCAAUUGGGGGCAUGCGGCUUGGAAUGGUGCAGGAUAUCCCAAUGAGCGUCGAAGGCUUGACAGAUGUAUAUGCGGAAGGAUUCCGAAUCCAGGUGGUCAAUAAUGUGCCAUUGGGCAGGGAUGAGAAGGUGUACAUAUCUCGAGAUAUUUUGUUUGAUGUUCUGAGUCCUAAUGAUCCGCAUUUCUCUCGGGUGCGCGAUUCAGUUAUGUUGGAUAUUGUCGUUGAUGUUGAACCGGGAAGAGCAGCAAAGACGAAGAACAAAAACCAUACAAAGUCUGAGCAUGUACAAGGAAAAAAACGACAACAACAAAACAGUCAGCAGGAACCAGCCAUCAUCCAGGAGGAUUCUCUUUCACUGUCCAGCGACAACACGCUCCUGAGCAGACCCCUUUCGCGCGCAUCAAGCGUUAGAACGGCCCUGUCAGCGCUCAUGAGCCACGUCUCUGCCAUCCUACGCGACGAUCAUCGCCGCGGCGGCGACGACGACGACGACAGCAACAGCAUGGGCGAUGACGACUACUUUUCGUUUUCAUCGAGGAAGAAAUCCGGUAGUAGCAGUAGCAGUACAGCGAUCCGCCUAACACUGCCCGCCGCCAAUUCCAUCGGUGCAGGCUCUGGCCCCUUACCGGAUGUCCCAGACGCCUCUAUAUUCUUGCACACCGGCAAGCCGGCGACGACACGUCUGCAAUGGUCGAAAAUAUAUUUAACUGACGAGCUGUGCGACCACCGACUACCAGCCGAAGUGCCGCGCGAGUACCAGGUGCUCGUGCUUAAGCGUGGGGGGUGCACAUUCUCCGAGAAACUGAGGAAUAUUCCUGGCUACCAUCAUGCGUCCAGCAACAUCAACAGCCGCAGCUUGCAACUGGUCAUUUUGGUGUCGUAUCCCGAACACGACGAAAUGAUCUUAUCGUCGUCACCCUUGUACGAUGCCGACAGCCACUAUCAUCAACAGCGCCCCUUCACAUCCACAAACCCGCAGCAACUACAAGCCCGAGCGGCACUAGCAGCUGAACCCAUGCUCGUCCGGCCGCAUCUAGACGAGAUACAACUGACGGCGGGCGGACUGCCGCGACCAGAGCCCAUUGCGGCGAUCAUGGUGGGCGGCGGCGAGCAGACGUACGCGCUGCUGAGGGAUUCGACGGGCUUGGGGAUUCGGAGGAGGUGGAUGAUGCGCAAAGCUAUCAUCGCGCAAGACGCGCCCGCAGAAGCCCUCACAACCGACCGCCUCUCCAACACCAACCAAACCGUCCUCCACCAACAGCAGCAACAAAACAAGACAGCGACAAAACCCCGAAACAGAACACUCUACUUCGCCUACGGCUCCAACCUGUCGCCCACCCAAAUGCGUCACCGCUGCGAACACGACCCAUCAACCUCCGGCCGGCCCCUAGCCCUCGCACGCCUGGAUCACUGGCGCUGGCUCAUCUGCGAGCGCGGAUACGCAAACGUGAUUCCGCCGGCGAAAUGGAGGGUUGGUCGACAAGUAGGGUAUGCGGAUUUGGUUCCUGAGUCUUCCUCUUCCUCUUCUUCUUUUUCUGCUUCUCCGGACACAGAAACCAAAGACAGGGACAAGGACGUCGUCUUUGGCAUCCUCUACGAAAUGACGCCCGAAGACGAAUUCCUCCUAGACGGCUACGAAGGCGUGGAUCAUUUGGCGCCUGCAUCAGCGUUUGCGCGCCAGAUACCGCUCGAUAUCAGGCCGAGGGAGCAGGAGAAUGGCGCGUAUAAUAAGUGGUAUGUGCCAGCGCGGGUUGUGAAGUGGCUUUAUACAGAUGGAGGUCGAGCAGAAGACGAAGAAGAAGGAGAAGAAGAUGCGACGGUCCUGGUCUACGUAGACGAGAAGAGAGUCUCGCAGGGGCCGCCCAAGUGGGAGUAUAUAGCCAGGAUGAAUAGAGCUAUUGCGGAGUCGACGGUGCUGGGAGUUCCGCGCAACUGGGUGCAGAGUGUGAUGAGGAGGGCGAUUCCUGAGGACGAUACCUAG